AUGGAAGCGGCGCAGGCGGAUACAGGCGGCCUUGACAUCGCCGCCAAAACAUUUCCGCUGACAUUUGCCUGUUGGGGGCGCUGCGUCGGAUGGCUGGUGCGGCAACACCCGUCAGACGCUGCUGCUGCCAUCGUCCCCGCCCGAGACCUGUUUGAGAAGUUUAUCUUUACUCGCUACACGGAGCCGCAGCGACACUACCACACGCUGACGCACUUGGAGGAUAUGCUGGGCUGCCUCGCACGCUUCCAGUCCGAAGCCCCGAUGGCACAUCGCCUGCCUGCGGCGGGCACACGACGAAUUGUGGUGGAGUUGGCAACCCUCUUUCACGAUGUGGUCUACGACCCAAGGCGCGGUGACAAUGAGGAGUGCAGCACGGCAUGGUUUCAAUCCUUCUGGGAUGACGCCCGCCGAAUAGCGACAGCGGACGCGGCGCUGUUGAAUACGGGGGAGGCGCUGGUGAGUGCCUGCCCACUGCUCUGGGACGACCCCGAUGCCGCACGAGAGGUGGUGGAGGAGGUGGUGAGAUUUAUUCUUCAGACGAAACACCACAUGUCAGUGGAGCCGUGCUAUACGCACUGGACACUUCAGUCCGGCGACUCGGCCGUCGCCUUACAGCCUACACCGUCUCCGCUGCAUAUAUUUCUUGAUCUCGACCUCGCCAUUCUGGGUAGUGGGGCGGAGCGUUACCAACAGUACACGCUUGAUAUCCGAAGAGAGUACGGCUGGCACAGCGAGGCUGACUUUUGUCGCGGACGAGUGGCAUUUUUGCGAAGCUUUCUGCGGCACCCGCGGUGGUAUAAGACAAAGUUUUUUUGCGAUGCCUUGGAGGCGAAGGCGAGGGCAAACGUCGCUGCUGAGGUUGUGGAGCUGGAGGCACGACUGCGGAAGUUGCUCCCUCAGGAGCGGCCCGGAUGUGCGGAGGGCACUUGCCGCUGA